UAUUUCGGAAGCGCGCAGAGCUCUGGCUGCAGUCCUUCUAAAGCAGACAGUCAGUGGUGGGUGACCCAGCUGUGAGUAACAGUAACAGUAAAAUGGCUGGAGUGCUGGCCCGAAAAGCUGUCGACUAUGUCAAGAGCAAAGACUUUCGGGACUAUCUUAUGAGCACACAUUUUUGGGGUCCUGUGGCCAACUGGGGACUUCCUGUCGCUGCUAUCAAUGACAUGAAAAAAUCACCAGAGAUCAUAAGUGGACGCAUGACAUUUGCCCUUACCUGUUACUCCUUGAUGUUUAUGAGGUUUGCAUAUAAGGUGCAACCUAGAAAUUGGCUACUUUUUGCUUGCCAUCUUACUAAUGAAUGUGCUCAGCUUAUUCAGGGAGGACGACUGAUAAAACAUAGAUUAUCUCAAAAAGAAGCUAAAGAUAAAUGAACAAAAUAAGCUUUCAACCAUCCCAUCUUGGAAUAUAUGCCUCAAUAUAAUAGGAUCUUGCCAAGCAAUUGUUUGCACUUUUAUUUGUCUAUUUCAAAUCAGUAACCCUUCUCUUUGACAUAUGGAAAUUAAUACAUUUUUAUUAAAAACAAUGUGGUACAGGAAAUGGAGAUUAGCAAUAUGCUGCCUGUGAAGAUUUAUAUAACUAGAUAUGUUGUGGUAGUUUGGAGUUUAAAUUAGGCAUAUAUAGAAAUAACUAUGUAAAAGUGUUAUAAAUAAUUCAGGGGCAUUCAUAUCUGGUAUGGAAUUUUUAACCGUGUAAUAAAGGUAAAAACAU